UCUUCUGCGUUCUUUUUCCGGCAGACUUCACUGCUGUCGAACACAUUUCGUGAAAGCAGCGUAGAGUUUUCCCUUUUUUCAAUCACAAUGGUCAAUCUACGCAAAAGGAAGAAGACCAGGAAACUACGUGGUCAUGUCAGCCACGGUCACGGUCGUAUUGGCAAGCAUCGUAAGCAUCCUGGAGGUCGUGGUAAUGCUGGUGGUAUGCACCAUCACCGAAUCAACUACGACAAAUACCAUCCCGGAUACUUCGGUAAAGUUGGUAUGAGGAAUUUCCAUCUCAACCGAAACCACAAGUACUGCCCAACCUUGAACCUAACCAAGCUGUGGUCGCUGGUCGGCGAAGACAAGCGUAUUGAGUGCAAGAAGGACGAAUCUAAGGUUCCAGUUGUGGAUCUAGUGAAAUUCGGAUACUUCAAAUUGCUCGGAACAGGCCACAUUCCCAAGCAGCCCAUCAUUGUGAAGGCUAAGUUCUUCUCGCGUAAUGCUGAAAGGAAGAUUAAGAUGGCAGGAGGUGCAUGCGUCUUGAGGGCGUAAAAGAAAAUAAAAACAUAAAGAAAUAAGAAAUAUACCGGUUAAAAUGAA